AUGGGCAGUAUUAUUAUUAUUCUAACAAACUUUCUUCUCAGCUUUGCUGUAGAGGCCAUGGGCUGCUGGCAGCAAAAGAAAACCAACACAUGGGCUUUUCCCACCCUGAUCCUCUGCCUCUAUGGAUUCUUCUACAUGAUGAAACCAUCAGAACCUUUCUUAACACCCUAUCUAACAGGACCAGAUAAAAACCUGACCACAGAUGAGGUUACCAAUGAGAUUCUGCCAGUUUGGACAUACUCCUACCUCGCUCUCCUUUUCCCAGUGUUCCUGCUCACAGACUACGUGCGCUACAAGCCCGUGCUCCUCCUGCAGGGCAUCAGCCUCAUCCUCACGUGGCUCCUGCUGCUCUUCGCACAUGGAGUGGUGGCCAUGCAGCUGGUGGAAUUCUUCUAUGGCAUGGUCACGGCCACCGAGGUGGCCUAUUACGCCUACAUCUACAGCGUGGUCAGCACCCAACACUACCAGAGGGUCACCAGCUACUGCAGGAGCGUCACUCUGGUGGCAGCCACCGUGGCCGCCGUGCUGGGACAGCUGCUGGUGUCCUUAGCGCACGUCUCCUACUUCUACCUCAACGCCAUCACCUUGGCUUCCGUGUCCCUGGCGCUCCUGUGUGCCUUCUUCCUGCCCAUGCCCCAGAGGAGCAUGUUCUUCCACAGGAAAGAUGCCCCUGAGCCUCUGCCAGGGCCCGAUAAAGGGCCGGCUGCGGGCGCUGCCCACGGGCCCUGGAGCUGCCGAGAGGAAAGGAGCCCCGAUGCUGCUGCCGGGGGCCCGAGCCCCCAGCCCCAGGCUGGGAACAGCAGGCCCCACAGGCACACGCUCAGCGUGCUGCUGCAGCUGGGCAGGGACCUGAGGGAUUGCUACGGCUCCCGCCCGCUCCUCUACUGGUCCUUGUGGUGGGCUCUGGCCACGGCCGGCUUUAACCAGGUCGUGAAUUAUGUCCAGGUGCUGUGGGACUUCCGAGCCCCCUCCCACAGCUCCCCAGCGUACAACGGAGCUGUCGAAGCAAUAGCAACGUUUCUGAGCUCAGUAACAUCUUUCCUAGUACAAUAUAUAAAGAUUAACUGGGACCAUUUUGGAGAACUGGCUUUAGGGAUCUUCUCUGUAAUAGAUGCCGGUUGUCUGUUUCUCAUGCACUUCUCUACCAACAUCUGGGCAUGUUAUGCUGGAUAUCUCAUUUUCAAGGCAUGCUAUGUGCUUCUCCUGACAAUAGCAACGUUCCAGAUCGCUGUCAACCUGAGCAUGGAACGCUAUGCCCUGAUGUUUGGAUUCAACAACUUCAUUGCCCUGCUGAUUCAGACCAUUCUCACAAUAGUUGUUGUAGAUUCAAGAGGCCUGGGACUGGACAUAGUGACUCAAUUUUUAAUUUAUGGCAGCUACUUCGUAGUCAUACAUGGGAUUUUCAUGAUCAGAAGCAUUUGUGUGCUGGUUUCAUGCAAAUGCCAAAGGAAAAUAGCAAGAUCUUGCACAGAGCAGCUGAACCAAGCUGAGCACGAGUCAAGAGAGCAGAUUGUCACAAACUACAUGACACGGCUGUAG